UGCCGGUGCCGCCGGGCCGUAAAGCGCGGCCGCCGCCCGCCCGUCCCCGCCCCGGCGGUCGCUGGCCAUGUUCGCGGCGGCGGAGGAGGACGACGCCGAUUUCCUGUCCCCGGCCAGCGGAGCCAGAUUAGCCUCUCUCUUUGGCCUGGAUCAAACAGUCUCAAGCCAGGGAAAUGAAUUCUUCCAGUUCACUGCACCAAAGCAGCCCAGGAAGGGUCAAACAGCAGCUGGCCAGCCCCAGAAGGCGCCGGUGGCCCCGGCAGCCUCAGGAGCCCCCUCGGUGCUGGUGGCCACCGCGGUGCUUGCGUAUCGAUAUACAAAUGGGCAGUACUUGAAGCAAGGCAAGUAUGGAGCAGCUGUAGUGGGGAACCAUGCCACCAAAGAGUACAGGAUCCUCCUUUACAUCAGCCAGCAGCAACAGAUCACCUCUGCAAGGAUCCACCCAGGCUUUGUGCUCACGGUUCAGCCCAACAAUUACAGCACGUUCUAUGAUGAUCAGAGGCAAAACUGGUCCAUCAUGUUUGAGUCAGAAAAGGCAGCAGUGGAUUUCAGUAAGCAGGUGUGCAUUGCCAAAUGCAACAGCUCUCCAGCACUGGACUCAGUCCUCUGCCAGGAUCUCCUCCUGGGAGAAGGGCAGGGGGUGGAAGGAGGAGACUCCCUGGAGGUUGCCUAUACGGGAUGGCUGUUCCAGAACAACGGGCUUGGACAGGUGUUUGACUCUAAUGUUAACAAAGACAAGCUGCUGCGGUUGAAGCUGGGGUCUGGAAAGGUCAUCAAGGGCUGGGAAGAAGGAAUGCUGGGCAUGAAGAAAGGAGGGCGAAGGUUCCUCAUCAUUCCUCCAGCCUGGGCCUACGGGGCUCAGGGCGUGGCUGCUCGUGUCCCUCCAGACUCCACGCUGGUGUUUGAGGUGGAAGUCAGGCGGGUGAAGCUGGCAAAGGAGUGCUCUGGUUCAGAUGGGCUGAGUGUCAGUUCAAGGGAUUCCCCUGCACCUUCUCCAGUUCCCAGCUCAGAUGGCUUCUCCUCAGACUCGGGUUUAAUGCCUCCCUCCACCAUCCCUCCAAAGCCUGGGGAGCCAGCUGUUCGGGCCAAGUCCAACUCCAUCAGUGAGCAGCUUGCAAACCCAGAUGUAGCAAAGGCAAAGCUGAUUUCUCGGAUGGCCAAAAUGGGACAGCCCAUGCUGCCUUUCCUUGCUGGGACAGCAGGGAGCCAGCUGGACUCCAGUGACUCAGAAAUAGAGGAUCCCAAUACUCUGAGAGGGACAACACAGCCAGUGGCUUCGACCAGACCCUCCCAGCCAGCUCAGGCAGUGCUGCCCACAGUGUCCACACAAGUACCUCAAGCAUCUGGUGCUGCACCUGCAGUAUCUUCUGCUGCUUUAAUUCCUGCAACGAUCCAGCCCCAUUCAGCUCUGCCUGGAGGAGCACAGAGCUUUCAGGCAUAUCCAGGAGUGGCAUUUGCUUACCCCCAAACUGCUGCAUCUGCCUCUCAACUCCAGCCUGUGGGUCAGAUGUAUCCUGCUCCUUACCAAGCCCCUGGAGAUGUCACUUCCUUUUUGAUGACAGAAGCUCGGCAGCACAACACUGAAAUCCGACUGGCUGUGAGCAAAGUCGUGGAUAAAAUGGAUCACCUGGCUGCCAAGGUGGAGGAGCUGAAGAAGCAAAGCACUGCUAACAGCUCCCUGCUGCCUGGCAUCUCCUCUGUCACUAUGGAAGCCUCCAUGAUCAUGAGCAACAUCCAGCGCAUCAUCCAGGAGAAUGAGAGACUGAAGCAGGAGAUAUUUGAGAAGAGCAGUCGGAUUGAGGAGCAGAAUGAGAAGAUCAGUGAGUUGAUUGAACGCAACCAGAGGUAUGUGGAGCAGAGUAACCUGCUGAUGGAGCAGAGGAACCACUCCCUGCAGACCACAAAUGAGAACACACAGGCAAGAGUGUUGCAUGCAGAGCAGGAGAAGGCCAAAGUUGCAGAGGAGCUGGCAGCUGCCACUGCCCAGGUUUCCCAGCUGCAGCUGGAGCUCACUGCCCACCAGAAGAAGGAGAUGGACCUGAGGAGGCAGCUCUCCUGUGCUGUGCAGGAUGCAGAGAGACAGGAGGCACAGCUCAACAAGCUGCAGGCACAAGUGGCAGAGCUCCAAGAAGCCUCUCAGGACACUCAGAGCAGGUUCAAGGCUGAGAAGCAGAGCCGCAAACAGCUGGAUAUGAAGAUUGCAGCACUGGAGGAAGAGCUGACAGACCUGAGAGUGGAAAAGGAGACUCUGGAAAGGAAUCUUGCAGAGAGGAAGAAGAAAUCCCUCUCAGAGAGAGCUCAGGCAGAGGAAGAGAUGGAGGAAAUUCGCAGGUCGUACCAGCAGGAGCUGGACAAGCUCCGGCAGCUCCUGAAAAAGGCCCGGACCUCGACUGACCAGGCAGCAGCAGAGCAGCUGUCAGUGAUCCAGGCAGAGCUGGAGUCCCAGUGUGAAGCCAAGUGUGAGCGUGCCCUGGCCUCAGCCAAGGAGCAGCAUGCCCGGCAGUGCCAGGAGCUGUGUGAGCAGAGGGACUCCCUGCAGCACCAGGUGGCCCAGCUGGAAGAGAAGCUCACGGCUCUCAAACAUUCAAAAAAAGUAGAGGAGCAAAAAUUGUCUGAGGCUCAGCAGCGUUUGGAGGAGCUGGAGCCUAUCCAAGAGAAGUACUCAGCCCUGCAGGCAGACGUGGAGGUGCUGAGGGCUCGCUACGAGGAACGGAUCCGAGACCUGCAGAAGGAUCAGGAUGGAUCUUCCCCUGCAGACUACACUGAGCAAGUAAAGAAGAUCAUGAAUGGUGUAUUUCAGUCUCUUCGGGGUGAAUUUGAGCUGGAUGAGAUGUACAGUGGCAGGACAGUGCUGGGGCUUGUCAUGAACACUAUCAAGACUGUGACACUGCAGCUGCUCAACAGGCAGCAGGAGAAACCAGAGCAUGGCAGUGAAAACCAGGAAUCUGGCACAGGAGCAGGGAGACAGGAGGGAUCACCUGGAGCAAAGACUGAGCACAGAGAGCCCCUGCAGCACAGCCCAGCACAGAGCACUGUACCCCCAGCUGAUCCUGGGGAAGAAACAAGAGGCUCCCUGCAGCCCGAGCAGCAAGGCCAGGCUGCUCCUCACCCUGCUGUGCCCAGAGCUCCUGAGGAGGAGCAGGAGACACAGAGCACUGGGGUGGCAGAAGAAGAGAAGGUUCAGGAGGAACAUCUCCCUCCUGCAGCUGAUUCCAGCCUGGAUGCUGAGAAGGGGCCUGUGCUUGCAAGACAGCCUGUUCCUGGGCUGGAGCAGAGGCUGGAGAGUGUUCCCAUUGGGAAGGCUGACCCAGAACAGGAUCCCUCUGCAGUGUCUUUGCAGGCAGCAGCUGCAGCGCCUUCUGUUCCAGGAGCCAAGCCAGCCGAGGUGGAUGAGGCAGCGCUUCCGGCACACCCAACUGUGGAGCAGAAGGCAGAGGAGGCUGGGGGAGGUUUAGAGCCUCCUCCCUUAAAUGGGGAGGAGGGGAGUGGCACAGAGCCAUGGGAUGGAGCUGGCUCUGAGCAAGAAUGUGUCUCAGUGUCCAGCAGAGCAGAGCCAGGCUCAGCUGUCCUGGGAGAAGCUUCAGGAUCACAGGAACUGGACUCCAGCCCCAGGCACACAGAUUCCAGCCUCUUUGAGGAUGACAACUUCUUUGAAACAGCGUCUCCUAAACCACUGAAGCCUCAAGUUCCCUCUGAAGAAGAGGAUGAGGAGGAAGUGAGCAUGAAGGGGCGUCCCCCUCCCGCGCCGCUCUUUGGUGACGAUGAUGACGAUGACCUGGACUGGCUGGGAUGAAGAUGUGGCUGCUGGGCCCUCUCCUUUCUCCUCUGGGCAUGGCCUCUUCCCGUGCUCUGAGCCCUUGGCAAGCUGCCCACGUGGGACAUUGGGAAUGAUCAGGGACUUCCCAGCUCCUGUCCUGCAGAUGGAUGGCAGCAGGGGGCUCUUCCUGCACUCGUGGGUGCUCAGCCCUGUCACUCUCAACUGCCAAACACGGGUUGGGCUGAGUGCAGGAGCCACCCACUGUCCCCCUCACCUGAGCCCUGGAUUCAUAAAUCUCAAACUUUCUGCAAAUAGGAUCUUGGUGAAGAGCUUCAGCAGAGCAAGUCUGGCAGGACCCUGCAGUGGCAACACCCUGUUAAAAAAAAUCAGACUAAAAUCUCCUUCCCCAGUGAUGAACUUCUUGGAAUAUUUCUCUUAGUCCCCAGGUGGCUCCCAGGGACCCUGCCCCCUCUCCCCACUUUGUCUGAGCCAUGUGCCACUGGAGGUUCCCCCAGGAAUCCCAGUCAGGUGUUUCUUGUGAGCCCCUGGCUCUGCACAAACAGCCUGGGGAGGCUUGGGGGCUGAGGUGGUUCAGGUGGGCACUGACUCAGCUGUGGCACAGAUGCUGCUGGGCCUUGGAGCUCUGCUAAACCUGAGCAGCUGUGCUGGGUGCAAGGAGCCCAAUGCCUGCUGUGUGUUAGACACUCACAGGCAGCUCAGCUCCUGUGCCCAGAGCUGAGGUGGCUUUUGCUGGCCUGGGUUUCCCUAUGGGAGCAGCAGCCCAGCUCUGGGAUGUGCUGUGUGUUUGGAAAGUCCUUCCCCACAGCCCAGCCCCUCUCCCGUGCCUUUGGCUCUGCUGCUGUUAAAGUGUGACCAUCCCAGCACCAGUUAAACGGUACAGAGGGCUGGGACACAAGGCCCAGGCUGGGCUGGGCAGUCUGGGGUGUCACCCUGCACUCUGAGGGGACCAGGAGGGGAAAGGAGUGAGGACAGAGCUGGGCAAACAGCCUGGGCUCUCACAGCACUUUUACUCAUGGGCACUAACACAACUUCACCCCAGAAGUCUUUAAAACAAAUAAGCCCCUUUGUAAAAUGAAAGGACUUAAACUAAUUCUACUAAUUCUGUGGUUUAGUUUCCACAUCUGCCUUUACAGUCUCUGACUGGAAUUAGAUCUCUGUCCCCCUGGAGGUGAUUUCUUGGAAGGAAAACACCCAAAAGAGCACUGGUGUUGGUGUUGGGGGGUGUGGCAGGUCCCUGUGCCCCACCCUCAGUGCCACAAAUUGCCAAAUGCAGCUGAAACUGGGGCAGAGACCAAAGCCUAUGACAGCCACCCUGCUGCCAUGCAGGGUGGCCUGACCUGGGCAUUCCUGGGCAUCACUCAGUGCUCAGUAUGAGGGUGUUUGAAACUGGAUUUUUGGGGGUGCAUGUGCUGCUCUGAGUGUCAGUGCCCUGGUGUGGCCUCUGGACCUGUCCAUGCAGUGUCCCAAGGGUGAUCAUUGCUCAUACUAACAACUUCCACUUGUAGACACCCUGAGGGUUUUGCAUUUCACUUCUUGGAAAAUAAAGUGCAAUUAAACCUGUA